AACCCAUCAAACAUUACCUAAAAAACCUUAGUUACAUGUCUACGAUAUUUCCCUGAUUCACUCUUUCAUUUUGGUUCACCUUCAUCUUUGAUUUUAUUUUUCAUCACUUUCAAAAUGAAGAUUCUGGGUGCAGGGUCCCUUCAUCUUAUCUAUGCACUCCUGGUUUUACUACAUAUGCAAACUUCAAUUGGAUCCAAUUCAACAACAACUGAUGAUGGAGUUAAGUGCAUAAAGAGCGAAAGACAAGCUCUUCUCGCAUUUAAGCAAGGUCUGGUUGAUGAACAUGGGAGGCUUUCCUCAUGGGGAAGUGAAGAAGAGAAAAAGAAUUGCUGUGAAUGGGAAGGAGUUCAAUGUAGCAACACAACUGGGCACAUCACUAUGCUUAAUCUAACCGCAUAUUUGUAUGACCUUCAUUUUAUCUUAAGAGGUAACCUUAGUCCUUCUCUCUUUAAGUUGCAGCAUUUGAUUUUUUUAGGCCUCAGUGGGAAUAAUUUCAACUUAAGCCACAUUCCAGAGUCUAUUGGUUCACUCAACAAAAUACAACAUCUGGAUCUCUAUUAUUGUAAUCUAAGUGGAUCUCUUCCUAGUCAGCUUGCAAACCUCACAAGUCUGCAAUAUCUUGAUCUUAGCUAUAAUAACUUCAACAGUGUCAAAAAUCUUGAGUGGCUUUCUCGUCUUUCUUACUUGCAGUACCUUCGUCUGAGUGGAAAUGACCUUAGUAAGUAUUUCCCCAUAAUUAACACUUCUAGUACUUCUCUCGUUCACCUUGAUCUAGGAAGCAACAAUUUGACUACUUCUGCAUUCCAAUGGUUGUUCAACUUUAGCAACAGCCUUGUUAGUCUCUACCUGAGUUCUAAUCAAUUUCGAGGCCCAAUUCCAGAUACUUUCAGUCACAUGACUUUUCUGGAAGAGCUUGAUCUCUCGAAUAAUCAAUUUGAAGGAGAGAUUCCAAAAUCCUUUUGGAGUGGUAACUUGUCGUCUUUGCGAAACUUGAAUCUUCGAAAAAAUAGAUUGAGUGGUACCAUACCCAAAGGUAUCGGGUUGUUGUCAAAGCUUGAGGCCUUAUCUAUUUCUUUCAAUUCUUUUAAUGGGGUGAUUACUGAGAAACACUUCUCGACACUAUAUAACUUACGGGGGUUAGACUUAUCUUCUAAUCAUCUGAGCUUCAACUUUAGCUGUAACUGGAUUCCUCCAUUCCAGUUGAAAUACAUUCUUUUAGGGUCUUGCAAGUUGGGACCUGGAUUUCCAAGCUGGUUACAGACCCAACGGAGCUAUAAAUAUCUUAAUAUUUCUGCAACUGGAAUUUCAGAUAGCAUCCCUAUCUGGUUUGGUAACUUACCUUCUACAGCACGAGGUUUAGAUCUUUCUUCCAACCAAAUCAGGGGAAUUCUUCCAGAUUUCUCAAGGAAUUUUUCAUCUGAUUCUUCUGACCUAGGGAUAGAUACAAGUGGAAAUCAUUUGGAGGGUCCAUUGCCAUCAUUUCCUGCUAAUACCACGCACAUAAACCUCUCAAAAAAUAGUUUUAAUGGGUCAAUUUCUUCCCUCUGUGCCAUAACUGAUAUGUCCCUUGAGUUCCUAGAUCUUUCAAGGAAUCAACUAUUUGGAGAGCUUCCUGAUUGUAUGAUGCGUUGGUCAAGCCUACGGAUUCUAAAUUUGGCUAACAAUCAUUUCUUUGGAAAAAUUCCGAGCUUUGUGGGAUUUCUCUCAUUGAUUGAAACGUUUGAUUUGCAAAACAACAGCCUCUCUGGGAAAAUUCCUGGCUCUUUAAGGAACUGCAGUAAAUUGCAAUUUCUGGGUUUGAGUAAUAAUAGAUUGUCUGGAAUAAUACCAAGUUGGAUUGGAGAAAGGUUAAAUUCACUAAAUUUCCUUCUUCUAAAAUCCAAUUAUUUUAUUGGAGAAAUCCCAUUGGAAACAUGUCAGUUGACAAAUAUUCUGUUGUUGGACCUCUCUAACAAUAGUCUCUCUGGCCACAUACCAUGGUGCAUUGGUGAUCUGACUGCUUUGGCCAGAAAGGACAUUACAGCCCAACAUCAUUUCUUUAACUCUUCACUUGUUAGUAUUAACUAUCGGAGCUAUGCUGACAAAGCAUCUAUUGUAUGGAAAGGAAUAGAAUAUCCUUUUGAAAAUCUCACACUUCAGAGGACAAUUGAUCUUUCAAGUAACAAAUUAACAGGAGAAAUUCCAGGCCAAAUUUCGAGUCUUUCUGAAAUGCACCAAUUGAAUUUGUCAAGAAACCAUUUGAUUGGAAGAAUUCCACCAGAUAUAGGGCAGAUAAGACAGUUGGAAUCGCUUGAUCUUUCACACAACAGGCUUUCAGGCCGACUUCCUCUAAGCAUGUCCCAAUUAUAUUCUCUCAGUAAGCUGGACUUAUCUUAUAACAACUUUUCUGGGAGAAUUCCAACCAGCACUCAAAUGGACACCUUUAAUGCUUCUGCAUUUGCUGGUAAUCCUACACUUUGUGGACCGCCUCUAACACCAUCAUGCCCAGGUGAUGAAAAAUUGAUAGAUGAUGGUGUCAAAUACAAUCAACAAGACAAAGAUGAAUUCUGGAAAGCGUUUCAACCUAGUAUGAAACUCGGAAUGGCUUUCGGCUUUUUGGGAGUUCUGGCUCUCAAGAUAGAUCAUCCCUGGAAACAUGUUUGUCUCUUGCUGUCCAACUACAUGAAGGUCUACCUCAGCAACUUGAAAGGCUACCUCUGUUUGAUUGUGUCAGCACUUUGUUUGGUGAUAACAGUGAGUGCUGCUAGACUGCGAAGAAAGUUGAAGUUUUAGGAUUCAUCCCUUGGAAGGUAUGUCUUGGGUUUGUUUACGACUUUAUGUUGUCUUGUUUUUUUUGGUUUUCCGCCCGGUAUCCGAGGCUUCGCCUCGACUAAUCCGAAUUC